AUGCUUUUAUAGUUUCUGUCUUGCCUUUCCUUGGUUCCAAAAGUCUGACACGAUUCCACAAACUUGUGGCCUUGUGACACUGACAAACGAAGCCAGACUCACCAACCAUCAGAGAGAGAGAGAGAGAGAUGGAGUCACCGUUCAAGGCAGAGGUAUUGAAAGGGAAGGUGGCUCUGAUAACAGGAGGUGGUUCUGGAAUUGGGUUCGAGAUUUCCACUCAGUUUGGUAAACAUGGAGCUUCUAUUGCUAUCAUGGGUCGACGCAAGGAAGUCCUCGAUUUAGCUGUCUCAGCUCUUCAUUCUCAAGGAAUUCAGGCUGUUGGCUUUGAGGGGGAUGUUCGGAAGCAGGAAGAUGCAAAAAGAGUUGUAGAAUCAACUUUCAAGCAUUUUGGCAGGCUUGAUAUUCUUGUCAAUGCUGCAGCUGGAAAUUUUCUUGUGUCAGCAGAGGAUUUGUCUCCUAAUGGAUUUCGAACAGUUAUGGAUAUUGAUUCUGUUGGUACCUUUACAAUGUGCCACGAAGCACUUAAGUAUCUUAAGAAAGGUGGACCAGGAAGGAGCUCAUCUGGUGGUGGAACAAUUUUGAACAUUAGUGCUACUCUGCAUUACACAGCUUCUUGGUAUCAAAUCCAUGUAUCUGCAGCCAAGGCAGCUGUUGAUGCCACUACAAGAAACUUGGCCCUGGAGUGGGGGACUGACUAUGAUAUUAGAGUCAAUGGGAUUGCACCGGGCCCCAUUAGUGAUACUCCUGGAAUGAGUAAACUUGCACCGGACGAGAUCAAUAGCAGAUCUAAAGACUACAUGCCUUUGUAUAAACUAGGAGAGAAAUGGGAUAUUGCUAUGUCUGCUCUAUACCUUGCUUCAGAUGCAGGUAAAUUUAUCAAUGGAACCAUUCUUAUUGUUGAUGGAGGACUCUGGCUGAGCCGGCCUCGCCAUCUACCAAAGGAGGAAGUUAAGCAGCUUUCACGAGCAGUUGAAAAGAGGUCUAGAGAUAAACCAAUUGGAGUUCCAACUAGCAAGCUGUAAUCCAACCGUAUAAGAAUAUGGUCCCUUGUGGCCUUGUUGCCCCUUUACUUGGAAAAACUAUAAUGAAUUACAUUUUGAAUAUUUAGUGUCCAUUGGAUGCUUUGCAGAGUUUUGUAGUUCAAUUGGUUGGCUUCUCUUAGUAUGCCCAUGGCAUUCAGGGUUUAAAUCCAACAUCUCAUGUUGUAACUAUGGUUUUAAAUACUGGUACGGUGAAAGAAUCGGAAAAUGGACUAAUUACCGAUUUUUUGGU